CGCGCUCUUCUCAAAGGUGUGUUAGCUCAGCAAGCAAAUGAAGCCACGCCAUCUUGGAAUUUGAAAAUUUCGCAGUUGCUGCUCCAAAACUCUUUCACAGAGGCAGAAAAGAGGGACAUUUCGUAGUUUCUGGCCUCUUAUUCUCACAAAGAGGUCCUGUAGAUCAGGGCCUCAGUCUGUGUGAUCUUCACUGAAGAGCUAGAGGCAAACACUGACUAAACUAUCUUCACCAUGAGUACAUAUCAACAAAUGCCUUCCACAGGCAACCAAAGAACAAUGUCAGGGGGCGGCAACUACAUGGACGUUGGUGAGAUGCCAAUGGACAAGAACCAGCAAACCAUGAUGUGGACUCAGCACCAGUACAUGGCGGAUUCUGGCAUUCAGUCAGGCGCUACCACACAGGCGCCAUCUAUCAGCAGCAAGGGUCAUGCUGAUGAGAUGGAGGACGACAGCAUGGAUACCUCCCGUAUGCAAAUGUUUGAGUGGGACCAAAACUUUGGACAGGGAUUCACACAGGAACAAGUGGAUGAAAUGAACCAACAGUUGAACCAGACAAGGUCCCAGCGUGUGCGAGCAGCCAUGUUUCCCGAGACCCUGGAGGAGGGGAUGCAGAUCCCGUCCACACAGAUCCAUCCCAGUGAGCCCACUGCAGUCCAAAGACUGGCAGAACCAUCACAGAUGCUGAAGCAUGCUGUGGUUAAUCUCAUUAACUACCAGGAUGAUGCAGAUCUUGCAACUCGUGCCAUUCCGGAACUGACCAAACUUCUUAACGAUGAAGACCAAGUUGUGGUCAGCCAAGCAGCCAUGAUGGUCCACCAACUGUCCAAGAAAGAGGCCAGCAGACAUGCCAUAAUGAACUCUCCACAGAUGAUCGCAGCCUUGGUGCGUGCUAUGAGUAACACCAAUGAUGUGGAGACCACGCGCUGUGCUGCAGGAACCUUACACAACCUUUCACACCACAGACAGGGACUGCUGGCCAUCUUCAAGUCUGGGGGAAUACCCGCACUUGUCAAACUGCUUAGUUCCCCAGUGGAGUCUGUGUUAUUCUAUGCCAUCACCACACUUCACAACCUGCUGCUGCACCAAGAGGGAGCCAAGAUGGCGGUGCGCCUGGCAGGAGGACUGCAAAAGAUGGUGGCUUUAUUGCAGCGUAACAAUGUCAAAUUCCUGGCUAUCACCACAGAUUGUCUACAGAUUCUGGCAUAUGGAAACCAAGAGAGCAAGCUGAUCAUUCUUGCCAGUGGAGGCCCAGCAGAACUUGUCCGCAUCAUGCGUUCGUACACCUAUGAGAAGCUUCUGUGGACGACCUCCAGAGUGCUGAAAGUUUUGUCGGUGUGUCCUAGCAAUAAGCCUGCUAUUGUAGAAUCAGGUGGCCUCCAAGCCCUGGCCAUGCACCUAGGACACCAGAGCCAGAGGUUGGUCCAGAACUGCUUGUGGACGCUCAGAAACCUCUCUGAUGCUGCCACCAAGACCGACACUCUGGAAAAUCUCCUGCAGUUGCUGACACAACUUCUCAGUUCCAACGACAUCAAUGUGGUCACCUGUGCUGCGGGUAUCUUGUCCAACUUGACCUGCAACAACCAGAGGAACAAGAUCACAGUGUGUCAAGUUGGAGGAAUUGAGGCUUUGGUUCGCACUAUCAUGCAAGCUGGAGACAGAGAGGAGAUUACAGAACCUGCUGUGUGUGCCUUGCGUCACUUGACCAGCCGUCAUCCCGAAGCUGAGAUGGCCCAGAAUGCAGUGCGCCUCCACUAUGGCCUACCCAUCCUUGUGAAGCUUCUGCACCCACCAAGCCGCUGGCCCCUGAUCAAGGCUGUUGUCGGUCUGAUCAGGAACCUUGCCCUGUGCCCAGCUAACCAUGCCCCACUGAGAGAACACGGUGCCCUGCCCAGGAUUGUACAGCUGCUGAUAAGAGCACACCAAGACACACAGAGGCAAAGAGCCUCUGUAGCAUCUAAUGGCAGUCAGACUGGCAGCAGUUAUGUGGAUGGCGUGCGUAUGGAGGAGAUUGUGGAAGGUACUGUAGGGGCUCUCCACAUCCUGGCCAGGGAGGCCCACAACAGGGCCAUCAUCAGGGGACUGAACUGUAUACCACUCUUUGUACAGUUGCUGUACUCUCCAAUUGAGAACAUUCAGCGUGUAGCUGCAGGCGUGUUGUGUGAACUGGCAGCCGACAAAGAAGGUGCAGAAAUGAUCGAACAAGAGGGCGCCACUGCUCCAUUGACCGAGUUACUGCACUCAAGGAAUGAGGGUGUUGCCACCUAUGCUGCUGCAGUGUUGUUCCGUAUGUCUGAAGAUAAACCACAGGACUACAAGAAACGUUUGUCUGUAGAACUGACCAGCUCACUGUUCAGAGGUGACCCAAUGGCUUGGAAUGAGGGACCUGGAGGCCCAGGGUUUGAGGACGUCGGCAUGCUGGGCGUGGACGAGCCCCAGUACAGGGAUUCCAUGGGGUACCCACCGGCCCACCAUGGCAGUCAGGGCAGCAUCCACAGUGGAAGUCAUCAUGACAUGAGCAGAUCUGGUUUUGACCCACACAUGCCAGUGGAUGCUAUGCAGGGUUUGGAUGUCGGCAGUCAUCAAGGCAGUAACUAUGGCCCCAUGGACCAACUCCCCGACCUAGGCACCCCCUCUGCCGAGCUCAACUUUGAGAACCUCGACUCCAUCACCCCAGGGGACCCCAACCAGAUGGCUGCGGCAGCUUGGUUUGAUACAGAUCUGUGAGCUGGAGGUUGGAGUAGAUGUACAUACAAUAUAGACACAGAUGGAGCAGAUUGAGUAGUGUAAUCCUCUUAACAGUUUAUAUCAGGAACAGUGCAGUGCAGCAGACGAAAGGAAGCAAAAUCAUCAAAAUUGUUGAUUAUGUGCACUAAUAUGGGUUAAAAGAACAGCGGCCUGUGGAUAAAAAACAAGAGCAAGUCUUUAAAAAGACCAAUUUUAAUGGGAAUAUAUGCAGUUUUUAUUCUAACCAGGACUGUGCAAAGAACAGUUUGCCUCUAGCUAGAAAUGAGAACUGUCUGAGAUGUUGGUGAUAUCGACUUGGCUAGCAAUUGACCUUAGCUGUAAACUGUCUAGCUGAACAGAACAACUGAAAGGAUUUAGCUCUCAAGAUGGCGGCCAAUAUGUGGCGUUCAAUGGAUCUCGACUAAAUCUAGAGACUAUUUUUAAGUAGAUUCAGCGUCGGCUUGUUACAGAGAUUGGACUAGGGCUGAAACAUUUUAUUAUUGUGGACCCAUUUUUUCUGAAGGAUACUGUGGAUUCAAACUGUUUGAGAUCCGGGUUUGAAGCAGUCUCUGUCCAUCUUCUGACAUAAGCAUUUCAAUAUUGCAGAAAACAAUUUUAUAAGAGAGAAACUUAGUUUUGUAGAGAAUAUACAUAAAUGAUCUGUGACAGCCCAUGAUGGUAGUUUAUAUAUAUACAUAUAGAAAGAGCACAUUUUUAUCAGAGCAAUUUACAGUAAUGGAUUUCUUUUAUUAUUGCUACUUAAAAAAGAUCAUUAUCUUUAUUGCAUUGUACAGCAUUAUUAUGUCUUUUAAAUAUUUGUUUUUAAGAAUUGCAGGAUUACUUUGUGAGGUUUUUUAACAAGUGCACGGCCAUACUGGUGAUAUAUGAUGUAAUCAUGUUGUUAGAAUUAUUCACAAUAAUCAAAUUAUCAUGUUACAGUAUAAUUACAAAAAAUCAUUGCAUUCGGAAAUUGUAUAAAAAUUGUAUAGUUAACCACCUCACCAAAGUAAUCUUGCCCGCAUCUACUGUACUUAAGUUAAUAGGGAGACGAUAUCACGUGUAUACAAACUGCCUGCAUUUUAGCUCCUGCUUCAAAAAACGAACAGUACAGGCAGUGUGACGCCAUUUUACAGGAGUGUGACGUCAUCGGUAUGCAGCUGGUUGCGAGUGUCAUUCCAUCUUGUGUAAAUGUCAGCAUAAAGCGCCCCCUAUUGACUUGCGUACAAAGUGCGGAUUAUAUCGUAAAAAGAGUAGUUAUUACUUGGAAAUUAUUGUUUAGUUGCAUUUUAUUCUCAACGACACCUAUGGCUGUGUAGAUUGUAUAUUUUAGUUUGCCAUCUCGGAAAUAAAGCGUGCUGGUAGUACAAA